GAGGUGGCCAGCUAUCAAUAUUCCCCAUCCCAUUCCUCUCUUCCUCUUUCUUUCUUUCUUUCUCUUCUCUUCACCCAACCCAACCCUCUCUUAUUUUUCUCUUAUUUUCUCUUCUGUUCAGUCUUCAUCCACCACCCAGGGAAACGCAAGAGAAUGGAAUCGACGCAGACCCAAACGACGUCGGUUUGGACGGACGAGAAGCACCUUCACUUCCUGAACAGCAUGGAAGCCUCCUUCGUCCGCACAAUGCUCCACCACUACGCCGUCCUUUCCUCCCACCCUCCUCUCCGCCUCGACCGCUACCUCCCCGACACCUCCGAAUCCACCUUGGAUUCCAAGCCCAAUCGCAGGCCCAAGAAACAUGCUUCUGCACCCCCAGAUUCAAUGGGUCCUACUCCCAGGGGCAGAAGAUCCAAGAGGAGAUCGUCCCAUUCCCACUCUCACCUACACACUUCAUUGGUGAAGCAGGCCGUAGAAGAACUAGAAACUGGAAGAGAAAGUGGUGGUCCCGUCGUUGCAGGAGGGGACGAUGAAAAACCAAGAAAUAAUGUUUAGGCUUGGUAAUCUUCCAGAAUACAAAGAUUCUUGGAUGUUUUUUUUUUCUUUAUAUUAUAAUUUUUUUCACUCACUCUGCUUUCUAAUUUUUGUCUUGUUUUAACUUGUAUUUUUGUUUCUACGGUUAUCUUAAAAAGAUAUUAUUGUGAU